AUGACCGAACAAGUUUCACAAGAUCAUUCACACUCGGUCAACCAUCCAGAAAAUCAACAGCCAUAUCUCGAUCAACAACGUCCACUUCAACUGUCGCCUCCUCCCCAAGCACUGGAAUGCGUCAUUUGCCCAUCGCUAAAGUCGCAAAACGAGUUUAAGGAAAUACUCGUAGUGAAAUAUCACAAAAUUGCCCAAGUUCAAGAUGAGCUCAUACAAUCUCAGCGAAACCUAAUUAGAGAUUUGUUAUUAAAAUCAUCGAUCUCGGUUUCCGGUGGUGCAGGCACGACUUUUUUUCAUGGAGCCACUUUUAACAACGGAACAACUUUUAAUAACGGCGGGGCCACUUAUGGCAAUGGUACGACUCCGGCUUUCAAUAGUGCCACUGGUGUCUUUGAGAAUGGGGUGAAUUUUGAAGGUGGCGGAGGGUUCAAUGGAGAAAGCGGAUUCGAAAGUAGUGCCGGUUUCAACAACGGUACAAUUAGCGUUAAUGGAGCUGGUAAUAAUAAUAACUUCAUGGGAGACUAUGCUUUUAACGUGCCAUACAUUGGGGAUGCGGAUCUGUAUGGGGAAACGAACUUCUUGAGAACUUUAAAUUACGAUGUUCAGCAAGCAAUGAGGAGUUCGCCUCAAUGUUAUAAUCCCCAAGAUUGGCGCCGAAUUUACGUUGGCGCAGUGACAAAUGACGUUGAUGAAAAGACACUGAGAAAGAUCCUCGGAAAGGCAUUCGGAAAAGUCACCUCAAUCGAGAUCGUUCGUGCCAGGAGUUGUGCCUUUGUAGAGUUCUGCUACCAAGAAGCGUACCAACGUGCGAUCAAACAAGGUUUCAUCUACUUGAACGGUGUUCGCGCCAAGAUCAAGAUGGCACAUAGGCCUAACAAGAACAAACGAUUCAACAAUGGAAGUAUGAAUGGUAAUAGAAAUAGUUAUUGGAGAAAUAACAACACGAACGGAAAGAGUUCGAAUGAUGGGAUUGCGAACGGGGAAGACUCGAAUGAAGGAGCAAAUGCAAACGGAGCGACCGGGAAUGGGGCUAGCGUGAGUGGAGCCAGCGUGAGUGGAUCGAGCAUGAAUGGAGGAAGUAGUAAAGGGAAAAGCAGGGAAAUCACCGAAGGGCAAGCCCCAUCGAUCUUACCUGUUGACUUUACCGAAACCGUGAACACCUCUUCAAUACCUACCGAGCACCUUGAUCAAUUCAUCUUACCGAAUGAAAAUACGGUCUUUCAACAUGAUUGUGAGAUGACUGAAGAAUAUAUCGCACCGAGUGAUUCAAAGAUGAACCCACUAUUUUGCUUGCAGGAGCCAAUUUAUCAAUUAGAAGAUUUUUCGGCCGUCACCGCCUCUUGGUUUUGGUCCUCGUACCUUCCGAGCAUUAUGAACUCCAUGCCUUAUUUUCCGAGCGAUCAUAUAAAUGACAUCGUCGAGGUUGACUUCCCCAAAGAUUUAUCGGUAUCAACGUUCUAUCAGCUACUUAGUCAGAUGACCUUACUCGGGCAAGGUGUUUUCAACAAGUGCACCAUAUUGCGUAUGCUAAGCGUCGGCGAAUGGAAUCGUAAGUAUUCUUUCUUCGACUAUCGACCGCAAUGCAAGUGGAAUGUUGACGGCCCGGGAAGUCAAGAGGUGGAACCCGGUGAAGUGAUCGAUGAACUAGUCAAGGAAUAUUGGCACGAUCAAGGUUCAUCCGACAAUUCUGAUAACACGGUACCAUCCUCACCAACGAGUAAUGGUCAAAAUUUGAAAGGAACCUUGGGACAAUGCGAGCAGAAUAAACAAGGAGUCGAGCUAGAAAUCGUUGUGCACGGACAAUACCUUACACCUCAAAGUGAAUUAUUUCAAAAGAUAUAUCAUUAUCUGUCCAAUUCGAUAUUUUUCCGUCCACAUCCUUGUGGCAAAUAUGCUACGCGUAUAACCAUGCCGAUACCAUCGGUUUCCACUAUAGGACCAAUUAUCAAUUGGUUGUAUAACCACAAUGAUAAUGAUUGGAUGGAAACGAUGACUCCCGAAAAUUUCGAUCAGGUAUCAUUCCGAAUUACUUGGUUUCACUCUUGA